AUGGCCGAGAUCGUGGCGUCCAAGAAAGUCUUGAUUUCCGGAGGCACCGGCUUUGUCGGCUCCGCUAUAAUACGCGCCCUAGCAGAGAAACAUCCUAGUUGCGCUAUCACCGUCAUCGAUCGCAGCCCUCCACGGCCCCAGCAUGACUUGCCCAAACAAGUGGAAUGCAUGCAAGUUGAUGUCACCAAUGCGCGCGAAGUCGGCAAGGCAUUCUUGACUGUCAAUCCGGAUGUGGCCAUCCACACUGCGGGGAUCGUACCAUGUCUGGCCGAUCGGUUCGGCCGAAGACUGGAGCGCACAGUGUGGAAGACCAAUGUCGAAGGCACUCGAAAUAUGCUGAACGCUGCCGCAGAAAAUGGGGCCGAGGCUUUCAUCUUUACCAGUACUUGUUGCGUAACGACCGAUGACCUACGUAUAUCCUAUCCCAAUAUCAAUGAGCGUUGGCCAACAUCACCAGCGUCGCUCAUUUAUGGCGAGUCUAAGGCCGCAGCGGAGGCGCUUGUCCUGGAGGCGUCCAGCGACGAGAUGGCCACCUGUGCCCUUCGGCCAUCAGUGCUCUUCGGACCGGGGGACUACCAGCUAGUACCAGCCAUACAUGCAUGCAUACGCAGGUAUGAGACUCCGUUCAUUAUCGGAAAUGGCUUCAAUUUGUGGGAUGUCACCCAUGUGAGUAAUAUUGCAGACGCUCAUGUCCUCGCUGUGGAGAACCUGGUAACUUCUCGCACGGCUGCAGGAGAAGCUUUUUUUAUCCAAAACAACGAGCCCAUAGCUUUUCGUGAUUUCUGCCUCGCAAUAUGGGCUCACUUCGGUCAUAUUCCGCCCUUCGAGAUCCGGAUCCCGGAGGGGCUGGCCUAUUUUGCGGGGUUGGCCUGUGAGAUAACAAGCUGGGUGACCGGGUCUACUACCACCUUAAGCCGAGGCAGUGUUCGGGAUGCGUGUGCUGUCAGAUAUGCGAGCGGAGAUAAAGCCAAGGCAAUCCUAGGGUACGAAGCUCGCAUCGGUAUCGAGGAGGGCCUUCGGCAGAGCUGCGAGGAAUAUGCCCGUCGUAUCGGCGUAGAAUUGCCGGACCGAGGGCGAUGA